AUGCAGUAUACGCUCGCUUUGCUCGCUUUGGCCCUUGCGGCCGUGGCUUCGCCCAUGCCACAGGCUGUAACGUCUGCCAUUGCACCGUCUUCGCCUUCUCCGGAAGGAUGUCUGGCUUCACAUGAUGGUACCUUCCAAAUCACGGUGGUGAAUGUCUCGACCUCAGCAUCAAAGCGGGACCUUGUAGGACGACAACUCGCCGGGCCGUUGACACUCACUCUGGCCAACUCUGUUCUCACCGAUCAAGCUGGCCGUACUGGCUAUAUCGCCGCCAACUACCAAUUCCAGUUUGACGCACCGCCGCAAGCUGGCGCCAUCUAUACCUCGGGAUUCUCGCUUUGUUCCAACUACAGCCUUGCACUCGGAGGCUCAGCCAUUUGGUGGCAGUGUCUGAGUGGUGACUUUUAUAAUCUCUAUGACAGAAAAUGGGCAGACCACUGUGUUGCAAUUUAUCUCUAUGCGCUUAUUGGAUCCUCGGCGCCGCCAGCGACACAAGCGAGCGAUGGUCAACCGGUGGCAACGACUGCGGUCCAAUCCGUCAGUCAGCUCAGCGAUGGACAGCCUCAAGCCACUACCGCCGUGGUAUCUCAGAUAUCUGAUGGUCAACCACAGGCCACCACUGGAGCUCCCGUCUCUCAGAUUUCAGACGGGCAGCCACAAGCUCCUACCGGCACCCCUGUCAGUCAAAUCUCUGAUGGACAACCACAAGCCCCUACUGGUACCCCCGUCUCCCAGAUUUCCGAUGGGCAACCACAGGCUCCUACCGGCGCUCCCGUUUCUCAGAUUUCAGAUGGCCAACCGCAGGCCCCCACUGGUGCCCCAGUCAGCCAAAUUUCUGACGGUCAACCUCAGGCCCCUACUGGGACACCCGUUUCUCAGAUCUCAGACGGUCAGCCUCAAGCCCCAACUGGUGCGCCUGUGACUCAAAUCUCAGAUGGACAACCACAGGCCGCCACACCCACAGUGGAAGCCGUCAGUGCCAGUUCUGCGGCCCCCGCAACGUACACCGGGGGCGCAAAUCGUGAGGAACUUUCAGGCCUGGCUGUCGUCGCUGGUUUCGUGGGAGCUGUGAUCCUGCUUUAA